GAGGUUAACAUGGUAUACAUACAUCGUUUGUUUACGUUUUGCCGGUGUGUUAAAUACGUCUAUUUAUUUAAACAGUCAAUUAAAUAAUACUAAUAAUAGUUAAUAAAUAACAAUAAUAAAAAAUUCAUUGCUUGAAGCAAAAGUUAAAAAGUUCAUUACUCUUCCGUGCAAAUAAAAAAAAUGACUAUGUCCGACGACGAAGAUCUGGUGUACGUCCGAAAAUCCAAGACAGUCCACUAUGGAUCCCUGGAAGACAGCGAGCGCGCGCGCCUGGCAGCAGAAGCAUCAGAGGACACAAAAGACCCCCCAGAGCCCGGUUCAACAGUCCCAUCAUCAGCGUCAGCUCUCCAAGGAAACGUCCACGUGUCGAACGAGUACCUAGAACUAGAAGAUGAAAUGUCAAAGGACAAGCAAGCCUUGCUCGAAGAAUUCGAGCGUCGCAAAAAAGCAAGACAGAUAAACGUAUCAACAGACGAUUCCGAGGUACGUAGAACCCUUCGAGUCCUAGGUGAGCCGAUCUGUCUCUUCGGCGAGGGUCCAGCGGACCGUCGUGCUCGACUACGAGAGUUGCUAGCCAGCCGCGGGGAAGAUGUCAUAAAAAAGAAGCACGACGACGAUGAUAAACCCGUCCGACCCCUAGAACGCGAGAUGGAGACCACCUGGUACCAUGAAGGUCCAGAGUCUUUGCAGAUAGCUCGCGCUUGGAUCGCUGAGUACUCUUUAAGACGAGCGGGAGCGAGAUUGCAGCGUGCGAGGGAAGAUUUAGCGCUUCCAGGUGCCACCAGAACCGCGCACCAACAGGAACUCCUCAGGAAGCUCCAGAGUUUGUCGACCUACUGCUCCCAGGUCGGAGACACGCGUCCCAUAUCUUCCUGCCAGUUCAGUCCGGACUCUAAAAUUCUUGCCACGUCUUCCUGGUCUGGAACCUGCAAGCUCUGGUCAGUUCCUGACUGCGGACUCCUGAGGACGCUCAAUGGACACACCAGGUUGGCUGGGUGCAUAGUUUUCCACCCUAAAGCUACCAUCUCCGAGGAAGUCGUCGGCCCGACUGCUGGUUCGACCUGCGUCCUGGCCAGUUGCGACGCCGACGGCAAGGUCAACCUCUGGGCAGGUGGCUCGGGGGACAAGCCUCUAGCCGACCUGGAGGGUCACGACAAACGCGUCUCCAGGAUCGCGUUUCAUCCCUCCGGAAGGUUCCUGGGCACUUGCUGCCACGACGCUUCCUGGAGGCUCUGGGACCUGGAGCAGCAGGAGGAAGUUCUUCACCAGGAAGGCCACGCAAAAGCUGUCCACUGCAUCAGCUUUCAGGUUGACGGGAGUGUUGCUGCUACUGGGGGCCACGACGCUUUUGGGCGUGUCUGGGAUUUGAGGACCGGAAGGUGUAUCAUGUUCAUGGACGGACACUCCAAGAGUAUCUUCGGGAUUGAUUUUUCUCCAAACGGGUUUCAAAUUGUCACUGCCAGUGAUGAUAACACUUGCAAAAUUUGGGACUUGAGGAAACGGACUUGCUUGUACUCGAUUCCGGCUCACACUAAUCUCCUUUCGGAUGUUAAGUUUCAGAAAGGCGAUGGACAUUAUUUAGUGACUGCUUCUUAUGACAACACUGCCAAGAUCUGGUCGAAUAAAACUUGGCAGCCGCUGAAGACUCUUCAAGGGCAUGAUGGUAAAGUUAUGGCGGUUGAUGUCUCCGCGGAUCAGAAGUAUAUUGCUACUAGCUCUUAUGAUCGAACGUUUAAACUCUGGGCUCCUGAGAAUUUGUAAAGUUAAUUUAUGGGAAGAGGUUGGUGGAUGUAAGUCAGCGAGCCGCUUUCGGUGAAGUCUUGGACUGUGUGUCCGGUUCCUUGGAGGAUCCAUUUUGUUGUUAGAAGACCGUCGACACCUACUGGUCCUCGCGCGUGGAUUCGAGAGGUUGAUAUUCCCACCUAGAAAAAAAAUUUAUUUUAAUUAAGUUUUUUUAUUGAUUGUUUUUUGUUUAUUUAGUUUUUGAUCCUGAUGUUUGAAUGUUGGUGAAUGUUGAAAGAAGAAUUUUGUUAAUUGUAAUGAAGAAAAAAAUAAUAUUGUUUUUUAGUA